GAUACUUCCAUACAUGUUACAACUUACAUAGGAGACAGCCAUGGAACUCUUCGCUACUGGCUUCAAUGCCUGGCGUCAACUACAGUUCGACAAUAAACAGAAUACAUCCAGCGAGCCUCAUGAUCUUAAAUCAUUUCAAUCUAUUCUAAAAGACGAUUUUAUCAGCCGUCCAUGCUCCCUCUUGUCGUGCACUUUCGUGAAAACUACUUCCGGUAUACGGAAUGCAGGAUUCGUCCAAGAUCUUCCUGAAACUCUCAAGGGGAAGCUUCUCUCGUCCAUAGCUGCUAUAGCUUGGAAUGGCACCAUAGCCGAAUAUGACGGCCACGAUACUAUUUAUCAAUAUUCAUCUAUUGGUACGCGUGAACGGCAGGAAUUCUCUGGCAUGGGAAAGAUUAUUCAACUGGUAGCAUACGAAACGGGGUUCGUAGCUUUAUCAGACGAUGGCCAUGUCUGGACUUGGGGCGACGAGCGGUACAGCGCUUGUCUUGGAAGACCAGUAACAUAUUUAAGUCCAGCAGAAAGACCUGGUCCCGUAGAGGACCUCGAGGACCUGCCAACCGGCAAGAUAAAAAAGAUCAGCGCAGCUGGGUAUCUGAUCCUUGCCCUAACAGAAGGAUGUGAUCUUUAUGCUUGGGGUGGCCGCCCAGGGCAGAAAGCGCUCCUCAAAGAUAUAUCAAGUAGCCCGAUACCCGUGGUGGUGGAGGAAAGUGAUAUAGUAGAUUGUGGGGUUGGGGAAUCACACAUAAUUGUGCUUAGUUCAGAGGGUCAUGUAUAUGUCAUUGGCGACAAUGGGAAUGGUCAGUUAGGCUUACCAGAUAGCGAAGCAAGUUCGUGGACGAAGGUACCUUUGCAUUUAGAAGUAGGACAAGUGGUUUGUGGUGUAGAAGCGGGGCGAAGCACUUCAUUCAUAUUGGCCAAGUAUCAAAUCCCUUGAUGAUUCUGCCUCAAUGGGCUCUCUAUGCUGUUCUAUGAUACACGCAAACUCCUGCCAAUUCCAGAAAUAUUGGUGCUCACAGAUUUGUUAGGUAGUCCUCGAUCUCUUGUGGGGUGAG